CAAUGUUAUAGCUGUAUAAAAAUAAAGGGAAAUAGAGGACAACUUUAGUUUGCAGAGAAGAAGAAAUAAAGCAGAAGAAUUAAAGGAAGAGAGAGAGUGGGCAGUAUAAAAUAUGACUGAUCAUAAUCAAACAGUUGCUCAAGAGCCUGAGGAAGGACAUGAUGAUGAAAGGACAGAGCUAGUGUUCCCAUUGGAAAGGCUCCACAUAAGGACAUCACAGCUGCUAAAUAACGCAGACCAAAGGAUGACAGAAAUAUUGAGAAAGAUGACAGACGAAAGAAUUGAGAAGAUGAGUAUAGAGCAAGAAGAGCUAAAAGAAGAAAUAAAAAAGAUCCAAGAAGAAUUGAGGGAAGCAAAUAAAAAUGUUAAAGAAAUAACAGAACUGAAGAGGAGAGUAGAUGACCAUGACAAGAGACUGAGGGUCGUAGAAAGUAAAGUGCCAGUUGGAAGAAGAAACCCAUCAGCAGAGAGUGACGUGGGAUAUGGGGGCAGUAGAGAUAACAGCUCGAGUAACCUAGAGCUUCCAGUACAAAAUCCACCUGUAUCCCUCCUUGGGCCAAAUGAUGAUGAUCAAGCAAAAUAAAUAAAUUUAUAUAUUUGAUAUACUGUAUACUUCUUCCCUUAACUCUCUCUGACAAUAAUGUAUGUAUCUGUCUUUCACCUAUCUUUCUGUAUCUGCUGGAGUUCUCUUAAUCAAUUAUAUUCUCUCUCCCUCUUUUCCAAUCUCUAUCCUGAAUUCUUCUCAAUGCAACAAAUGUGAUUAUGAUGAUUUGUAAUCAUAAUAUUAUCGUCUUUAUGUUAAUUAUUGUUAUUGAAAUAUA